GGUUGGCUGAGACUCGGUCGGAUAACGCGAAGCAAAACCGGUUAACAAAUCACAGCGGCGUCGGAAAGACGCUAGGCGUACGCUUGACGCACUUGAGAACGACGCAACCCACCUGCCACUUUAUAUAUAAUAACUCUGCUUUUUUACCUUCUUCCUCCCAAAAAACAUUAUAUCCCGGCGAGUUUUCUCUCUCUAUCCUUGUCAUCGUAUCCGUUGAUUCCUCGUCGCACUUCACUUCAGCCUAGAAGAAACAGUCUACUUCGCUAAUAAACAUAUAUAACAAGAUGUUUGGCGCAUCUAAUCCUUUUGGACAGGGAUCUAGCAGCAGCAGUCCUUUUGGGACCCAAACUCAAUCUGUGUUUGGUCAGAACAACAACGCGUCUAGUAAUAAUCCCUUUGCGCCAAAGCCCUUUGGUGCUUCUAGUCCUUUUGGCGCGCAGACUGGUGGUUCUAUGUUUGGAGGCACUUCAACCGGUGUGUUUGGUCAGGCUCAAGCUUCUUCCCCUUUUGGUGCUUCUAGUCCUUUUGGUGCGCAGACCGGUGGUUCUAUGUUUGGAGGUACUUCAACCGGUGUGUUUGGUCAGGCUCAAGCUUCUUCCCCUUUUGGUGCUUCAUCACAAGGGUUUGGGAGCUCUACUCCGAGCUUUGGAGCACCUUCUGCUCCUGCCUUUGGCAAUUCUCCUUCACCUUUUGGUGGCACUUCAACAUUUGGACAGAAUGGCUUCUCAACGCCUCAGUCAAGUCCUUUCGGAAGCACCACACAACAGUCACAGCCUGCUUUUGGAAACAGCACUUUCGGGUCAUCUACACCCUUUGGUGCCUCCACCACUCCUGCCUUUGGCUCUACGAAUACAUCUGCCUUCGGCGCCUCAAGCACACCUGCCUUCGGCUCCACCAAUACAUCUGCCUUCGGUGCCUCAAGCACACCUGCAUUUGGCGUGUCACCCACUCCUGCCUUUGGUAACUCUGGCACUGCAUUUGGCAACAAUGCUUUUGGUUCUGGAGGUGCUUCAGGUACACCUGGGUUUGGCGCUUCAACCACUCCUGCGUUUGGCGCUUCAACCACUCCUGCCUUUGGUUUUGGCUCCUCCCCAGCUUUCGGACAGACUACGCAUUCUCCCUUUGGAGCUCAAGGUUCUCAGUCUUCGAACUCAACAACCUUUGGAAAUCAACAACAGGGUGGUAGUAGAAUCAUUCCAUAUACAUCUACAAUAGAUGCAGAGUCUGGAACUGGAGCCCCUGGGAAGCUACAAUCAAUUUCUGCUAUGACUGUCCACAAAGAAAAAUGCCAUGAGGAGCUCAGGUGGGAGGACUUCCAGCGGGGAGAUAAAGGUGGAAAACUUCCUGCGGGUCAAGCUAGUGUGUUCUCUCAGCCCACGAACCCUUUCGGCCAGACAUCUACCAAUCCUACAAAUCCAACACACACCUUUCAAAGCACAAUAGCCCCAAAACCAAACCCUUUCGGCCAGACAUCUACAAACCCAAACCCUUUCGGCCAGACAUCUACAAACCCAAACCCUUUCGGCCAGACAUCUACAAAUCCAACACAAGCCUUUCAAAGCACAAUAGCCCCAAACCCAAACUCUUUCGGCCAAACAGCACCAACCCCCAGUCCUUUCGGCCAGACAUCUGCAAACCCAACAACCGCCUUUCAAAGCACAAUAACCCCAAACCCAAACCCUUUCGGCCAGACAGCACCAACCCCAAGCCCUUUCGGCCAGACAUCUGCAAACCCAACAAACCCCUUUCAAAGCACACCAAACCCUUUCAGCCAGAACACUCCAGCAACUAACACAAAUUUCUCGUCUCCUUUUGGCCAACCUACUACCCCAUCCUUGUUUGGAACUUCAUCAAAUACCACACCCGGUUUUGCACCAUCCUCUGGUUUUGCAGCAACCACUACGCAGCCAUUUGGUCCAUCAAACACUCCUUCAUUUGCCUCUUCGUCAGUCUUCAAUUCUUCUGGCUCCUCUCCGUCACUGUUUAGUUCGACUCCUGCACAAGGGUCAACUCCAGCAUUUAGCAGUGGAAACUUUAACAACAGUCAGUCAGCUCAGCUGUUUAGCUCAAACCCCUCAUUUGCACAGACUGGGUUUGGACAAAAUACAAAUACCCAACCUAGCAUUUUCAGUACACCUUCCACUGGAUUCCCAAACAUGUCUACAAGCUUUCCAUCAAGCAUCGCUCCCUUAAGUCAAACAAAGCCUUCUGGUCCGACACUCCAGCAAUCAACUCAGCCAACUCAACCAUCUUUCAGUUUCAACAACUCUGGUCAGACUCAAACAGCCGCUGCAGGUGGAUUGUCAUUUUGUCCAGUCAACUUCGGACAAGUGCCUGCUUCGCAACCAAACCCUGUAAGUAACCUCACUGCUACGCAACCAAACCCUGUUGCAAGCCCAUUUGGAACGCUUCCUGCUGUGCCUCAGAUUUCAAUUGGUCAAGGUGGAAAUUCACCUUCGAUUCAGUAUGGAAUCUCCAGCUUGCCUGUCGUUGAUAGACCUGCACCGGCCAGAGUGUCAUCGCUCCUGACUUCUCGACAUCUUUUGCAAAGACGGGUCAUGCUGCCUGCAAGAAAGUACCGUGCUGGGGAUGAUAGUCCGAAGGUUCCAUUCUUCAGUGAUGAAGAGAACUCCAAUACACCUAGGGCUGAUGCGUUUCUCACUCCAAGGGAAAACCCGAGAGCUUUGUUAAUACGCUCACUUAAAAAGGAAACAGCAGCACCGCUGAAGGAUGAGACGACCCCUCUGCAGGAGAAUGGUAAGAGAUCGAAUGGGGUUAUUACUAAUGGAGCUAACAACGAGAAUAAGAGUAAUGGUGAAGUUCGUGAUGCUCCUCCGGUAAAAGCCAAUGAGACACAUGAAAAUCACGGAGGCGACAAGAACGGCGCAAAGAGUUCACCAAGUAGAGCAGAGGUCGAGUCAUUGCUGCCAAAGCUGCAUCACGCUGAGUAUUUCACAGAGCCCCGGGUCCAAGAACUAGCUGCAAAGGAAAGGGCUAAUCCUGGUUAUACCGGACGGGUGAGGGACUUUGUUGUCGGGAGACACGGUUACGGCAGCAUAAAGUUUCUAGGAGAGACGGAUGUGCGUAAGCUCGACUUGGAAAAGUUGGUUCAGUUCAACAACAGGGAAGUGCUUGUGUACAUGGACGAGAGCCAGAAACCUCCUGUUGGUCAGGGACUGAACAAGCCAGCGGAAGUAACGUUGCUCAACAUAAAAUGCAUGGACAAGAAGAGCGGGAAGCAAGUGAAGGAAGGCCCGAGGGUGGAGAAGUAUAAGGAAAUGCUCAAGAGGAAAGCUGAAGAACAAGGAGCUGAGUUUGUGUCUUAUGAUGCUGUGAAUGGCGAGUGGAAGUUUAAGGUCGAACAUUUUUAGUUCUUACAUGGUUGGAAACGACAACGACGUUAGAUCUUUUCUACUCGUCUUUCUUACCGCAAUCUCUAUUUUAUCAGAGUUUUUAUUAGGAAAAUAUUUUAAGUUGGUUUUUGGAUUGGUAAUGGUGGCUGUGGUCUAGUGGCUGUGGAGAUUUGAGGAUUUUAUUCUGUAAAACUGUUAAAAGUGUUUCUUUUUAACAAAAUGAGAAAGUGUAAUAUUCAAAAA